AUGAAUCAAUUUAAGCCAAUUUUUUUGGGAUCAGUAGAUCCUAAUUCUGAUAUGGCUCAAUAUGUGCGAGUUGUAAAUACUCAGAAAUGUAUCAGGGCUGGCGGAAAGCAUAAUGAUUUGGAUGAUGUAGGUAAAGAUGUAUAUCAUCACACUUUUUUUGAAAUGAUGGGAAAUUGGUCUUUUGGAGAUUAUUUUAAAAAAGAGAUUUGUGCAUGGGCUUGGGAACUGUUAACUGUUGUUUAUAAAUUGCCGGCCGAUAGAUUAUAUGUGACAUAUUUUGGAGGAGAUAGUGCAUCAGGUCUUGAACCAGAUUUAGAAUGUAAAAACAUUUGGUUGAAUAUAGGUCUCCCAGAAUCUCAUAUAUUGCCAGGAAGUAUGAAAGAUAAUUUUUGGGAAAUGGGAGAAACUGGUCCUUGUGGACCUUGCUCUGAAUUACAUUAUGACAGAAUAGGAGGACGAAACGCAGCACAUCUUGUUAACAUGGAUGAUCCAGAUGUUUUAGAAAUUUGGAACUUAGUGUUUAUACAAUUUAAUAGAGAAUCUGAUGGAUCACUUAAAUUAUUACCAAAGAAACAUAUUGAUUGUGGUCUAGGACUUGAAAGGUUAGUUUCUGUUAUUCAAAAUAAAAGAGCUAAUUAUGAUACUGAUUUCUUUAUUCCCAUAUUCAAAGCAAUUGAAGUAGGCACAAAAACGAGACCUUAUACUGGUAAGGUCGGCGUUGAAGAUGUUGAUGGAAUUGAUAUGGCAUAUCGUGUACUGGCUGAUCAUGCAAGAACCUUGACUAUAGCUUUAUCAGACGGUGGAUGUCCAGAUAAUACUGGUAGAGGUUAUGUGCUUCGACGAAUUUUAAGGCGGGCGGUACGAUAUGCUUCUGAAAAACUAAAUGCAAAGCCUGGCUUUUUUGGUUCACUCGUUCAUACAGUAGUGCAGUUGCUUGGUGAUGUAUUUCCGGAAAUUAAAAAGGACCCAGAUGCGAUUAUACAGAUUAUAAACGAAGAAGAAAUUCAAUUUCUAAAAACACUUUCUCGUGGAAGAAAUUUGCUUAACAGAACUAUAGAAAAGUUAGGUGGGUCAAAGAUCGUACCAGGUGAUGUAGCUUGGCGGCUUUAUGAUACCUAUGGAUUUCCAGUUGACUUAACUCAUUUAAUGUGUGAAGAAAAAGGGCUGUCUAUUGAUAUGGAAGCUUAUGAAAAAGCUAAAAAAGAAUCACAGUUAUGUUCCCAAGGUAAAACUGUAGGCCAGGAAGAUCUUUUGGCGUUGGACAUACAUGCUAUUAGCCAUUUACAGAAUAGUGGAGUACCUAUUACUGAUGAUUCUCCAAAAUAUAGUUAUACGCCGACUUCAAAAGAUAAAGAGGCUAUUUAUAACUUUGCUCCUUGUACAGCGACUAUUCUAGCCUUGAGAUGGAAUAAAGAAUUUGUAAAUGAAGUAACUUCUGGUCAGGAAUGUGGCUUAAUAUUGGAUCGUACAAAUUUUUACGCCGAGCAGGGAGGCCAAAUUUUUGACGAGGGAUAUAUGGUUAAAACAGCUGAUGAUAGUGUUGAAUUUACAGUUAAAAAUGUACAAGUCAAAGGUGGUUACGUCUUACAUACAGGGAAAGUUGAGGGUACCAUGAAAGUUGGGGAUAUAUUAUCAUUACAUAUAGAUACCGAAAGGCGUCGACUCAUUAUGAAUAAUCACACUGGUACGCAUAUACUAAAUAAUGUGUUGAGAAAAGUACUUGGAAAUGACUCCGAUCAACGUGGAUCUCUUGUGAUGCCUGAUCGAUUAAGAUUUGACUUUACAAACAAAGGUCCUAUGACUACGAAACAAAUCAAAGAUACGGAAGAUGAAAUUAAGGAUAUUAUAAAUCAAAAUAAAACUGUUUAUGCUAAACAUACUAGUCUAAGCGACGCAAAAAAAAUCAAAGGCUUGAGAGCUAUGUUUGAUGAACAUUACCCUGAUCCAGUUCGCGUUGUUUCCGUUGGGAUACCAGUGGAAGAAUUGGAAAAAAAUCCAGAUGGCCCAUCAGGUUACGAAACAUCCGUUGAAUUUUGUGGAGGUUCACAUUUACAUCAAACUGGCCAUAUAGGAGAUUAUGUUAUAGUUAGUGAAGAGGGAAUUGCAAAAGGUAUUAGAAGGAUUGUUGCUUUAACCGGACCAGAAGCUGUUAAAGCUUUAAAUAAACUCAGUGUUUUGGAAAAUGAAGUUAAUAAUAUUGCCAAUUAUAUUAAAGAUGAAGGUGAUGGAGUGAAUCAAAAAGAGAUAGUAAAGAAACUUGUAGAUCUAACUAAUGAUAUAUCUCACGCACAAAUAUCAUAUUGGAAAAAAGAAGAACUUAGAAAUAUGUUAAAAAAUUUGAAAAAGCAACUAGAUGACAAAGAAAGAGCAUCUAAAGCGAUGAUAAUAACACAGGUUACCGAAAAGGCUAAAGAAUUAUGCCUUGAAGAAAAGGCAUCUCAAGUAAUUGUUGCCGAAUUAAAUGCAUUAAGCAAUACUAAGGCUUUAGAUGGUGCUCUAAAACAAGUCAAACAGUUGCUACCCAAUACCGCUGCAAUGUUUUUCUCUGUAGAUGAGGAGGCUAACCGAAUAUACUGUCUGGCAGCUGUGCCUAAAUGUUUAAAUGAGAAAGGAUUAUUAGCUUCUGAGUGGGUGCAAUCAGUAGUUGGUGUAAUGGGCGGUAAAGGUGGUGGUAAGCCUGAGUCUGCACAGGCCUCUGGAAAUAACUCCAAGUGUGUUAAGGAGGCAAUCAAAAUUGCAAAAGAAUUUGCAUAUUGUAAGUUGUAA